AUGGCCCCCUCUACCUUUGCUUCAGCUGCAGCCGCCAGUAACCCGAACCCUUCGCGCACAGAAUCGGGCGGAGAGUGGUCCCGACGCGCAAACGGUAAUACGCAAACAUUUCGUCGCUCAUCUCAUGCUACCACACUCUCUGGCUCUACACCUGCCCCACCUUCACGGGACGGCAACGGACUGCCGCUGUCGUCAAACUCAGGGGUCUAUGUGCCUCCCCACCUGAACUCUAGUCGUAAUGGGAGCUCUACAAACAGCCAUUUUUCGAAGGAUCAAUUGAUCGACCUUUUCAAACACCAGAAGGACUCCGGAGACCUCAACGAUGGCGUGUCGAAUUUAUACGUGAACAAUUGGGCGCCAAAUAUCUCGAAUGGAACAUCUAGCGCCACUUGGGGCCGCAGGGACGAACAUAAUAAAGAUGGUCAAGUUGGCGUGGAUAUUUGUUGGGAUCGUGAUGGCAGUGUCGUUCCACUGAAUUUGAGGGACCUGACUGAAGAAGAGAAGGAGCUCUUUUUGGGUUCCGUCAACUCACCCCUCAAGCCGCCUAUCCCGGCUACGAAUAAGGAUGGUACGCCCAAAGAAGCACUGUCGCUGCGAAAAACUUCAAUUUCCCAGUCGCAGAAUCCGUCAGGACCUUAUGGUUUGGCCUCCCCUACGAGUAUCCGACCAACCGGUCGCCGUCGCGAUACCGGCGACGCGUAUCCUUUCCCUUCCAAUGCGAUGGCUUCUCCCGCCGGGACCUCUCGAUACUCUCGCGAAGAGUCCAACGCUGUGACGCCUCCCCCAGCACUGGCCAGGCGGAGGACUGAUUUCAAAGAAUCGAACGUGGGAUCUGGAACUGACGAACGUGAUAAAGACAGGACGCGUGAGGCGAUGGCCGAGAAUCCAAAUCCCUUCGGUAGUCUUCGGCGCACAACCACGGCCCCUUUCAGCAGUGCAGGAUUCUCCCCAAUGGGUGCAUUUGGAAGUUUUGCAAUUGGUGCAAAUUCCACGCAGCCUGCAACGACUGAGAAGAAGCCUGGCUAUGGCAGCAUGCGAGGAGAGAGCAGAUUCAGAGGACUGAUGGCAAAAGAUAGCUCAGAGGAUAUCGGAAAAGCAGCAAAAGAAAAGCCGUCCCUCGGCAACCUGGGAAAGCUCAGUGAAGCUGAUCCUGCAAGACCAACACCUUCAUGGAUGGAAACACGCUCCAAUCGGCCCACUAGUAACGAUACUGAUCCCUUUCCCGAUGACGAUCUGCGCUCUGGUAGCGCUGCUCUAGGCGGAGGCCAGGAUUCCAGUCCACCGCGUCAAUCAGGUAUUCCUGCCUAUGGAACUCCUAAUCGACGCGACCCGCGCGACGAUCCUGGCUUCUCUGCGUUUGGAAUGACAUCGGAUACUACUGGCAUUCGCGACAUCUUUCAUGGCCGAGAUAAUUAUUCGCACCAAACCCCACAGCAUCGUGGUCUGGACCAGAGUCAUGAGCCGAUGAGCCCAACCAAUACCAAUCCAUACCAAAGCCCCGAGCAUGAGCGUACCGAUACGGAAGACGACACCGAUGAAUCAGACAUCCAUAACCCCCAGUUCCCCGGCCUCGGAAGCUUCCAGGUUGAUCCAUCUGUUGGACCUGGGAUGGCCCCGUUCGGUGGUCUCGGAAAUCCAGGUCGUGUUCCAGGGGCUUUCGAAGCUGCUGCGAGUGACAGAAGCCAGACCUCAAGUACAGGACCCACGAGGGGUUUCCCGAGCUUAGGUGGUCUUCCUGGUCUUGGUGGCGCAGCCGCGUGGCCUACUGGGCAGCCCUCUAUAGGAACGCCAAUCAGAGAGCGCGGUGGUUUUGGUGCAGGGUUUGACAGUAUGUUUGGAUCUGUUGGAGAACUCCAAUCUCCCAGUCUCGCUGGUCUCGGAAGCAGUUCGUUGUUUGGCCAAGGCUCUGUGUCCGGAUUAGGCGGCUCUGGGACUAUCGGACGAGGCAGUAAGCUUGGAGCACUCUUCCCACCCGCUGCUAUGCAAGACCAAAUGCGCUCUGUAGAGCAGAAUCGGUCUUCGAACGACGACGGUUCUUCUGAAGGCCGCUCACUCAAUCAACCCUCUACUUACGCCAGGAAUGCUUUUAGCGUGCAAGCUCAAGGUAGUGGUAUACCAACGAGAGAUUCAGAAAGUCCAUUCCGAGCCAAUCGUAUGUUCGACGAUUAUCCCGGAGCUCGUAAUCCGAGUAUUGGUUUCUCUGAACCUGUUGGUACACCAUUCGGUCAGAUGCAGUCCUCGGCGUCUGCGCAACCCUCCAUAUUGUCAACUAUUGGCGGACGGUCGCAGCCACCGACUUCUUCUGCACAGUCUCAGAGUGUAACAAGUCCUGCAUCCAAUCAGCCUCCUGCAGCGCAGCAGCGGACCAUGGUCAUGCCCGACAGGAUGCGAUGGAUCUAUCAAGAUCCCCAAGGCACCACCCAAGGCCCUUGGUCGGGACUUGAGAUGCACGAUUGGUAUAAAGCUGGGUUCUUCUCUCCCGAGCUGUUGGUCAAGAAGUAUGAAGACCCCGAGUACGAACCCCUGGCCCAACUCAUUCGCCGCAUUGGCAAUUCCCGAGAGCCUUUCCUCGUGCCGCAAAUUGGUAUACCCCACGGCCCACCUUCAACUCAAGCCGGUAAUGCUUGGGCAGGUCAAGGCAUAUCUGCGGCCCCAACCGUCGGAUCUGGGGCUCAGCCGCCAUUUGCUAGCAGCUUCCCAAGCUUCGGUACCACUCUCACGGCAGAGCAACAGAACGCGCUAGAGAGGCGCAAGCAAGAAGAACAAUAUCUCAUGGCUCGGCAGAAAGAGCACUUAGCCGUACAGCAACAAGCAUUAGCCAAGCAGGCGCAAAUGGGAAUCGGUGCCCACGGCAUUCUUCCUCAACAGCUUCAUCAUCAUUCCAGUGCUCACAGUCUCCACAGCCAACCCAGCUUUGGGAGUAUUACAUCUCCUGGUGUGUAUCAACCAUCACCCACGCAAGGCCCGAUCCCUGGACCUACCGUACCCGGACUUUUUGACAAUUCCUUCCGCCCUGCGCCUUCAUCAGGACUCGGGCCUAUUGGGAUGGACGUGCUAGGAAAUAUUAGGGAGGAAGAUGUUCCUGGUAUGAUGGAACGUCUCAAUAUCGGCCGCAGCGGUCAACUCUCCUAUGGUGGUGCGCCAGUGCCUUUCGGGCAGCAGCAGCCGGAUUCUAACGCUCAUGCGCAGCAGGUCGCAGCUAUGCUCAAUGAUCGCGCUCGACUACAACGUGAGCAAGCUGAGCACGACGCCAUCCAGAGGAUCAGCCAAACCGAGCAGCAGGCAGCCCAGAACUCUGCAGAUCGUUUACAGCAGUUUCACGAUCUGAGACUGCAGACGGAUGUAGACCAGCCCUCUAAAGCGCCAACCGAAGGUAUCAUUGGUAAGCCAUCGAGCUCGUUUGCCGAGCAAGUGCAGCAUCAGCAACGGACCGAAGCCCUUCGCUCUGAAGCAGCGAACGCUCAAAUGAAUGCACCGACCACUGAACCUGCUCCUCUCGCUAAGACCACAGAGGCCCUCUCACUUACGGAACAGGUCCAGAAAGCUGCUUCUUCUAAACAAUCUCCUGCUCCUCCACAGUCACCCUGGGCUAAAGUAGAAACCAGCGGCCUUCCACAGCCAUUCCCUCCGCCACAAUCAAGCUCGCCACUCCCAGCUCCUGCUGCUCAGAGGAAGCACAACGUGGCUGAUACCCUUCACGCGGAAUCUCGAUCUCGCUCUGAAACUCCGUCUGCAGAUACGCCUAGUGCCUCAAUCGCCCCUUGGGCUAAAGAACCUGCGGAGGCGCCGAGAGGUCCGUCUUUGAAGGAGAUUCAAGAGGCAGAAGCCCGAAAAGCCGCUCAGCAAGAGGAAAUCGCGGCUGCUGCCCGUCGCGCAGCGCUUGAGAGAGAAAUGCAUGCGCAAGCUCAGGCGGCUCCUCCUGCACCUGGUCUUCCGUCCAGCUCGACCUGGGCUAGUGGCGCAUCGCCUAUUACACCCAACGCUUCUACCCCAUCGGCAUGGGUCAAACCCCUAGCAGGCAAAACUCCUGGACAGCCAAGCACUAGUAAGAAGACCCUUCAGCAGAUCCAGAAAGAGGAAGAGGCACGCAAACAGCGUACCGCUGCCACAGUUGCGGCUGCGGUAAACGCGACGGGUUCCCUUGCAGCGAGUGUGCCUCCCCUUUCCUCGGGGAAGCGAUACGCCGAUCUCGCAAGCAAGCACACGCCUACUCCUCCUCCGGGCAGUGGCGCCUGGACAACUGUCGGAGCGAGUGGAAAGGCCAAAGCACCGCUGGUUGCUAUUCCAACCGGACCAGCUGUCAUACGCUCGACCAGCAGUGGGGUGAUGUCGAGCCCUGUGACAAAGCCCAAGCUCGCAGGCACCAGGAACGCUACGCUGGGCGGCCAACUAGCUGGCCAAGUCAACGCACAGGAGGAGUUCAGGAAAUGGGCCGUCGGCGAGCUCAAGGGGGACUUGGAGAAGGGCAUCAAUGGCAGGUCUCCGCUAUCUCUUUAUCUUCAUCCCGACGACUUUGUUGCUCAGCUUGUCUCGUUCCCGCUCGAGCUUGAAAUCCUCACCGAAGCCGUCCACUCUGCGUCCAACACCAUCGACUCUCGCCACUUCGCCGAAGAGUUCCUGCGCCGACGGAAGCUGGCUGACAAGGGCAUUGUCGAUACUAGCGCGCAGUCUGCCGCUGCAGAGGCCAAGUCCGCCGCCGGAGGCUGGAGUGAGGUCGCCAAGAAGGGAGGCCAGGCGCAGCAAGUGCAGCAGCAGGGUGUCGAUAGUGCGCCCUUCAAGGUUGUGGCCGCGAAGAAGAAGGGCGGGAAGAGAUAGGCGACGCCAGUGCUUGAUCUGGGCCGAAAAGGGGAGACGAGGAGAGUAUUCGUUACGGGGUGUGGUAGAUUGAUGCUUUUGGCUUGGCUUGGUUCUGUUGUUGGCGACAGGAUGUAGUUGGCAAUCGCGGGACGAGGUCUGACGAAAGUAUGACGGGAUGGGUUCGGCGGGGUCUAGGGGGUUGGUUGAAUCGAGUGAAGAGAGGAGGGUUUUGUAUGCAUAGUAUACGGUAGCCAGAGCUCUUCAAUGGCAGUGCAUAAUCCUCACUCUUUAUUUGCGUUCCCGCUGAGAGUGACUAGGGUGGCCUGUAUACGUGUCGCAGCUCAGUAAAUGAUGGAAAUUACUCAAUCGCCCACCCCGGAAGAAACUGCAUGGGGCUGUCGAGCGAGAGGCUUCAAUGAAACAGUCCGCU